AUAGUAAUAUUUGUGCCAUUUGUUCACAUUUUACUUAAGUUGGCAAAUCAUGGCUGAUGGGGUUUUUUUUUGUUUUGAUGAUUACUGUACACUUGUGGGUUUUUGCCAAGUUGGGUGAAACAGGCACUCAGUUAAAUUAUGUAUACAGAAUUUUAUUUAUUAGCUAAUUAAAGCGCUCUUAAAUGUUAUGAAUACAGGAAAGGGGAAAAUAAGCUUAUCCAAAGCUGUUCUGCAUUCAAAAUUAUUAUGAAACAAAGUGGUAUGAUGAUAACGGUUCUAAAUACUUGAAGGCAUUGAUCAGUGAAAACAAUUUGCUUUUGUCAUUUUGUACACUUACAUACUUUCCUGCUGUGUCAACCCCCAUCAUUCUCCCAGCUUUAACCAGUUCUUUGCUGAACUAAACUCAUGGGGUAGAGGCUUAUUACAGAAAUGUUCUCUCUGCAGCUGUUGAUUAUGCUCCUAGGAGUAAAACCCAAGUUAAAAUUUACAAGAUGUAGUCAGUUGAAAUGCUUAGAUGCAGAGACAGCAGCUUAGUUUCAGGAAUUUGACUUUUUCAUAAAGCUGACCAUGCACUGCUGGUUUCUCUCAAUUUACUUCACGUGGUAUGAUCAUGACUUUAAAUCAAAUAUAGACUUUCCCCCCCUCCAUGAUACUAAAAGAGGUAUUUAAACACAGGUUGCUCUUAGAAACACAAAAUAAAUCUUGUGUUCUUCAGCCAAAUUUGCAUCUUCAGCUGUGAAAUUAGAUCUCUAGCUGACCUAACUUGAGUGAAUUUUAAAUGCUAGUUGGGGAGGAGCUACACAAAAUACCUUACCGUAAUUCUCUGCUUCCAAGAACAGUAACCCAGUUUGUACUUCUCCUUGGUGACAGCAGGUUAUAGAAUCAUACAAUCAUGGAACGGUUUGGGUUGGAAGGGACCUUAAAGAUCAUUUAGUUCCAACCCACCCCCACCUGUGGGUAAGGACACCUUCCACUAGACCAGUAGCCUCCCAUGUCCAAGAUCAGAUGCUCUUGGUACCUCCUCUUUGCGGAAAUCUCACCAAGAAGAGGUGAUUUUCAUGCUGCAUUCUUGGACAACCUUUAUAUUGCAUUAGCAAAGCACCAGGCUUGAAAAACCAUGCUCGGGGCUGCAAAUGGUGGUUGAAUGAUUAAAGAGAGAAAACGUACAACUCAUUUCAUUCAAUUUUUACAGGUUUAUGAAAAGCACUUUUUCAUAAACAGCUUUUUAGGGAAAAAGCAGCAAAGACUAACUUUCCCCAGGUACUGUCAAGUAUGUUGGCUGGUCAAUGCAUUAAAUCCAGGUUGAUGAUAAAUCCAGUAGACAUUUGUGCUCAUUUGUGCUCACGUUUUUGGCUCUCCUGAGGUUCCCAGACUAUCUGAUUCAUCCUCACACUAUGAGAAUAUAAACCUCUAAGAAAUGGGAUGAAUUAGGCAAAAGAAGACAAUUAGGAAUGACAGCUGAGGAACAGUUAUCCUCCAGCCUUAUCCAUGGGCAAGAUGUUUGCCUUGUUAAAUGUUUAAAAUUUAAUCUAGUGCAGGGGUAAUGGGCAGGUUCAAAAUCAGAGCAGGCUGGUGUCCUGGGAGAGGAAAAUCCAGUCUGUAUGGGUCUUUAGAAUGAGGAAUAGCCAUAAGCAGAAUGGGCUGUCCAGGCAUGUGUCUGAGCAAAGCCCAGAGGUGGGAGAGGAGCAGGGUCCACAUGCUGAGAGGCUCCCAAUCUCUGUGCUACUCUUCCAGCUCCUGAGCUAAGGCUUGGCUUGAUUCCUGAUGCUGUUGCCGCCAGCAUAGAUACAGUCUUCAGCUUCAGAGAGCUCAUGUUACUGCCAUAUUUUGUUGGCAACAUCCCUUUUGGACUGCUGAUAAGAAAAGAGACUUAGCCCAGCACCGUGAUUUUUCCAUCAUGUCAGAACCUAUCACGCUCAAUGUUGGAGGAAAACUCUAUACCACCUCUCUGUCCACUCUGACUAGCUUUCCAGACUCCAUGCUGGGGGCCAUGUUUAGUGGGAAGAUCCCAACGAAGAAGGACAGCCAAGGCAACUGCUUUAUUGACAGAGAUGGCAAAAUCUUCCGCUAUAUCCUAAACUUUUUACGAACUUCUCACUUGGAUCUUCCUGAAGAUUUUCAGGAAAUGGGCUUACUGCGACGGGAAGUAGAUUUUUAUCAAAUUCAGCCCCUGAUUGAGGCCUUGCAGGAGAAGGAGGUAGAGCUUUCUAAAGCAGAGAAAAAUGCCAUGCUCAAUAUCACCCUUGAUCAGAAGACCCAGACUGUUCACUUCACUGUCCGAGAAGCACCCCAGAUUUACAGCCUGUCUUCCUCCAACAUGGAAGUGUUCAGUGCUCAUAUCUUCUCCACGUCGUGCCUGUUCCUGAAGCUUCUUGGUUCCAAACUGUACUACUGUUUCAAUGGAAACCUUUCCUCAAUAUCCAGUUACCUGCAGGACCCCAACCACUUGACCUUAGAUUGGGUUGCAAGUGUGGAAGGCCUUCCUGAAGAGGAGUACACCAGGCAGAACUUGAAGAGACUCUGGGUGGUGCCAGACAAUAAGCAAAUCAAUAGUUUCCAAGUGUUUGUGGAAGAAGUUCUGAAAAUAGCCAUGAGUGAUGGUUUCUGCAUAGAUUCUGCUCAUCCACAUACUUCAGAUUUCAUGAAUAAUAAGAUUAUUCGCCUAAUUCGGUACAAGUAGGAAUGGCUGUUGUGGUGCUAGCAUGGAGAUAACACAGGUUAAGUGUUUCCUUUUAAAACACACAGCCUAAUUCAGAAUCAUGCUUAUCUGGAUUAAGAGUCACUAACAAGGAGAUGAUUUUCCUUUAAUGUACUUACCAAUAUGACCUUCCAGAAUAUGUCCAUGUUCCAGACAGAAGCAAUAUUGUCUAGCGCCUGAAUUAAGGACUGGCUCUGUCUCUGCCUCUGACCUGCUGUACAAUUCUGGGGAAAAUCACUUAACUUCUGUCCUCUCUACGUUUUCCAGUUGGAAAAUGGGUGAUCCUUAACCUGCAUUGCCAGGAGAUGCAAGAGUUUGGUAACCAUGGUUUGGAAUGUAUCUGGAGAACCGAUGCAGUGAAAGACACCGUGGAGCUGCAGUGCAGCAGACAGACCUAGGAGCACAUUUGCCAUGCCUUGCUGUAUCACCUGUGCAGAGCAUUCAAGAAGCUUUGGAUCUGCGGAGGAGAAGCCUUCCCACAUGCGCCCCAGACAGCUGUAAAGGAUGGUACAAGUUGCAAAUGAGUAAGGGAUCCCAUCUCUUUGGGUUCAACAAAGGAUUUCUGUGAAGCUGGCUUGGGUUUUUUUCUGAACCCUGUGAGGAAGCCCCUGCUUUAUUGUGCUUUCAGGAAAGCUGUGUUGGAAUAAUGUGACUGGCAAGGAAGCCAUAGAAGAGAGAAUGGUGUUAUAACAAACCAAGAAGAUUAAAUCUUUACUUUUACAUUCCAAAGGCAUCCGAGACAACUAGUCCUUGUCUUUCUCUUACAAUGUUAGUAUUUGUAUGGAGGAUGCUGCUGAAACUUUCCAAUGGGAAGACAGAUUUUGGGGCAGAGGCCCCCAAAUGUCUUCUAAACAUUUGAGCCUCUUUUGGGCAGACCUCCUUUCAGCAGUACCUGGAAUGCAUGGGAUGCCGUCUGGUUAGGAUGGAUUUAAUUUGAAAAGACAGCAUUCUCACCAGGUUACAUCUAAUAUUUUUCAUUGCAAAAAUAGAGGGUCAUUUUUCCUAUCCUGGUUCAUUGAGCUUUUUUUUGGUCUAACAUCUUUGUGAAAUGGUCAGGUCACUAAAGUAAUUUUACCUGCUUGUUUGGCUUCAGCUUGCCAAAGGGAAAACAGUGGGAAACCAGAGGUCAGACUCUUCCAUAUACACCUGGUUUGUGCUGUAAUGAAGAUCAUAACUCACUAGCUGUAUGUUGUCUCUAAACAUCAUUUGUGCCAUAUGCAAGAUGGUUCUUUCUUGGCUAAUUAUGUUUAAAAGUAACUUAACUGUAUUUCCCUAACCAGAUUGCUAUGAGUGCAUGAGAAACCCUCUGGAACAUUUUCAGGUGUCUUUAAUGAGAUAGAAGGGAAAAUGCAAUAACUAAGUUUUGCUUUUAGAGGUGUAGUGCUUCCAAAGGUUUCUAGCACAGGCCUGCAAAGCUCAGUAAUGUGCAAGUCCUUGUUUCCCAAAGUAACUACUCUGUUGUUACAUUAAGCUGACCUGUGAACAAGCAUAAAGAAGCUUUUUUCUUGUAAAAAACCAGUGUGAUCAAUAUAUUUCUGCUGUCCCAAACUGUGACUGCAUGAACAACACAAAUCAGCAUGCUCGUGGGUAAAAUGCAUAUUCUGCAGUUGUUACAAACCGCUGCCCUUUGUUUGACUUGGUGCUAAACCAGCAUGAUAUACGUGGGACCAUGUUGUCAGAAAGCACUGAUUGGGCCUGAAGCCUUUAGAACCACAAAAUGUGGCAAAUUUUGUGUAUUUUGAGGAUUGUAAACAGAAUUUUGUGACCAAAUUCCAGUUUGAGUCACCAUGUUCUUCUAUAUUUAGUUGCAUUAGGAAGAACUCCUUUUUUUUUUUCCCAUCCCAGUUCUGAAUUACAAAGCAUGAGCUGGCCAGUCAGCUGGACAUUGACAGGGAUGAUCUGUGCUGGUAAUACAAUUAUGAUCUGUAAAACGAGCCCUCUUUCAUCAAAUCUGUGACUUGAAACAGAUAUGCUGUUGCUGAAUUUAUGAUAACAGAAAUUUUGGGGACUGUUGAUGGUAUUUCUUUUUAACCCACACUCUUGAGAGUAGAUUUUAAAUGAUCUGUAACCGGAGCUCUUGUGCGUCAUGACUAAAAUAAUACCAGUAGGAAUUUGUUUCCUGUCACCUUGAGUUUAUCCAAAGGUAAGAGCAGUGAGCUUAGAUCUCAUUUGGAAGGGUGGAGGGGGGAAGGUCUGACCUACACCCUCUAGAGCUCUGGAUCCGUUCUGUUUCAUUCUGUUUCAGCGAAAUAAAAUAUUCCAUGAGAGAGUUGUAUCAUUACUGCAUUUUUCUUGGUGAAAGACAAGUAAGAGGAGUCUGUAAACGGAGAGAACUGGACUCAGAUCUUCACCUGGAGUACUUUAACCCAUCAGUCUGUUAUGCAGAAGAUGAAUAAAUUGAAUACACAAUAAUUUGUGCUCAUGCAAGUCAGUAAAAGGUAUAGCUGGCCCCCGAUCUGUCAUUUAUUAACAGACAGUAAGAUGCAAAAUACCUCUUUUUUAUAUAUAUAGAUAGAUACAAAAUUUGCAGCCAGUAGAAAGACAUGAGUGAAGCCAUGCUUUGGAAGGAACAGAAAAACCUGAGGUACUUCAAACUUGCUAAGCACAAUAAACAUCCUUAAGUAUGAGGUACUAUUUUAUACUGGAAAUGGGUGAUAAGUGCAUCACUUGUGAUUGCAGUCAAACAUAUGUUCUACAAAUGCAGCUGCUAUUUCAAACUCCACACUUAGCUCAAUUUAUAGCUGCUCCCGAAUUCUGCAGUCUGUGAGUUACUAUAUAAUGAGUGUUUAUAGGAACAUUCUCUCUCCAGAGCAUUUGUUUGCAUUUUAUCUGAAUAGCUGGUUUUUGUUUACCUUCUUUUUCUGAGCCCUGGAGGUGUAACUUGCUUUUGUUUACCAGUCGACAGCACUAAUAAUGAUUCUUCUCAAGAGUUUUCCUGAAUUAAAGAGAAGCAAAUAUGCACAAAGCCAUGGUAAGUAUAGCACAACCCCAUCACUAGUCAUGAAAAGCACUUGGCAUUUAUUAACAGUAACAUCUAUAAAUUAUUUCACUGCUGAGUGGAAUAUUCACUCUCAGACCAAACUUUUUUUUUUUCCUGGAAAGGAUCUAGUGACAUUUUCUUCCCUUAAAGUUUUGUGUCUGUUUUCUUCUACAUCUUGGUGCAUAACUCCUGAUUCUGCCAUAUGCCUGUCUCCCUCAAUACCUUAGUGUACAAAAUGUGGCCAAGCCCUGCAAUUUUUUUUAAUGGCCUAUUUUUUUUUUUUUCCUAAAUGACCACUGAAUAGUGUGUUCAGUAGUGUUAGAGGAGAAGAAUACCAGAGUCAGGACAGAUGAUAAACAAGAUUUUAGCUGUAGUCUAAUGGCAUUCUCAGAUCUGGACACGUGCAUAGCACAGUGGUAUUUCUUACAUGGCAAAAAGACUUACAAAACAUCUUAAUGGACUCCAGAAAGAAUCACUCAUGGAUUUCUUUAUGUGUUUUUAGGCUUUAUAUCUCCUAAAUAUCUAACCAUGUCCAGUUACAAUGAUGAGACUGAUACUGCAUGUAAAUAAUAAGAGAUACUUAGUUUAUACAUCUGUUAAAGGGAGGAGUUGAUGCGAGGAGUGUUUGUUUCUGCAGGCAGUGGCAAAGAAACAAAAGAAGUAGUUGUAAAAAGUUAGGUCUGAAAGAAUUCACAUUAACAAGAAAUCCAAGAUUUAGAAGAGGGAGAAUAAAAAUAUCUUGAUAUGUUCAGGGGGAAAAAAAAAAAGAAAAAAAAAACAAAAAACCCCACAAAACAGCAAGAUAACAAUGGAGACAAAGAUUUUGCUACAAGAGUCUGUGAUUAGAGUGAUUCACUGUUCGAUUCUAGUUUUAAUCUCCUAUUAUGCACUUUAAAUAUGGGUCAUGCCAAGACUUAUGCUUGUAGCUUCUUGGGAGCAGGCAGCUUUGCUUCAAUUUGCAUGUGCUUUGAAUCACCAAGCAUUUGCACUGCUGUACCUAGAACUUUAUAACUGGGUUGUUGAGUAUAAAUUGCUGAAAGACUUCACUGGCAGCAAAUAUCUGCAGUCAAUCACAUUUAUUCCCAGGAAUAAAAAGCGAGGUGCAAAGGCUGGUGGAGUCUGUAUACAAGGUUGGUGGAAGUGAUAAAUACUGCAUUCAGCCAUAGACUGUGGAAAAUAAGCCUAGGAACUUCCGAUACUUCACAGAUUAAUGAAGAAGUUAUGAAGAAGAGUCCUCUGGGCAGUUUUGUUUUCACCCCAUCCUGUAGAACUUGGUGUCUCUGCUCAGAAUUUCCAUGUAUUUUGAAAGAUUUAACUUCCAUUCUGCAUCUACAUGGACACAGACAUGCAGGGUACAAGAAGUGCUAAUAUGGGGCCCUCCCAGUAACAGUCUCAUAUGUGAAUUAGUGCAGGCAGUCACAGGCAGUCUGUGCAAGAAGGGCCGAUUGCGUAUAAAUGUCCAGAUCAAGCUCACGAGUUCACCUGGGAAUAACACAAGGAAUGUUUUCCCUGGGAAUUCAGAAAAAAAGAAAAGAAGAUAAUAGAGGAGGGCUGUAUCUAAUAAUUUCUUUUCUCCUCAUCCUCUGGGCAUUCCCCUCAGUAUUUUCAUGCUCCAACUCGUAAUUGUGGGAUUUUCCCAUUGAUCAGAAUUUGGACCCCAACUCACUAAAAGCCAUGCUUUUGAAUCAGUAGUGUUUGAAAAGUGUGAAAAGAUGGUCUUUAUUGCUUAGCAUCUUCACUGAGGGCCUGUAGGGAUAUCACAUUUAAAAAUCUGCAUUCCUCUGCUUCUGACUCCUUCUGUGAACUGUUACUAAUGUGUAUUUUAGAAAACAGUAAAUAAAAUGUGAAUGAAGCAG